AUAGAAAUUUAAUGACUGACCUAAUUCCAAAACGUUAGCCACCUGCCGAUGAACGGAUGAAAGUGAUGAUCUGAAAGCAUGGCGUUUUUGGUGGCCAACUUUUUGUUACCUACCUAGACACGUUCUUUAGCCACCAUAUUUUGCGACCUUGUGAGCUUAAGAGAACAGCUGAGAGAACAGGAAGACACUUUCUAAUGGAGACAGUUGGGACUUCUGAGAAAAUGAUAGGUAACAUAGCUCAAAGAUGGAGGGUGCUCAGUGGGCAGGAUAACUGGAAGAACCUCUUGGACCCUUUGGACAUCGAUCUUCGACAAUACAUUCUUCACUACGGAGAUAUGGCACAGGCAACAUACGACGGUUUCAACUGGAACAAGAUGUCCAAAUUUGCUGGGGACAGCCAUUACGCAAGGAAGGACUUCUUCUCUAAAGUUGGUUUAGCUAUAGCCAACCCGUACAAGUAUAAGGUCACCAAAUUCCUCUAUGCAACUUCAGGGAUUGAAGUUUCAGAUGCGUUUUUAUUGAAGUCUCUAUCAGGGAAAGCUUGGAACAAAGAGUCGAAUUGGAUGGGGUACGUUGCUGUGGCAACGGAAGAGGGAUCGACUGCAUUAGGAAGAAGGGACAUUGUAAUUGCUUGGAGAGGAACAAUUCAAGCAUGGGAAUGGGUUGAUGACUUCAACUUUCCUCUUGUUCCUGCCACAGAACUAUUUGGAGCAGCUAAUCCUUCUAAUGUUCACAAAGGCUGGCUUUCCAUUUACACUUCUAAGGAUUCUCGAUCGCCCUAUAACCCGAAUAGUGCAAGACAGCAGGUACUAGCUGAAGUUGAGAGGCUACUAGAGGAAUAUCAAGAUGAAGAGAUCAGUAUAACUAUAACAGGACACAGUUUAGGUGCUGCCCUUGGAACACUGAAUGCAGCUGACAUAGUUGCAAAUCAGAUAAACAAGGGGAAAAGGCAACCCCAGAAACUCUUCCCUGUAACAGCCUUCUUGUUUGCCAGUCCACAUGUAGGAGACCGGAACUUCAGAAAGUUCUUUAAUUCCAUGAAUAAUCUUCAUGUUUUAAGAACUCGGAACAAGGUGGACUUAGUACCAGAAUACCCACUGUUGGGUUAUGUGGAUGUCGGAGCCGAGUUGGUAAUCGACACACUAAAAUCGAAAUACUUGAAGAGUCCUGGAUGUUUCAGGAGCUGGCACUCUUUGGAGGCUUAUCUUCAUGGGGUGGCAGGAACACAGGGAAUUGAAGGUGGGUUUUUGUUAGAAGUGAAAAGGGACAUAGCACUUGUGAACAAAUCUUUGGAUGCUCUCAAGGAUGAGUAUUUGGUGCCUGCCUCAUGGUGGUGUGUCCAAAACAAAGGAAUGGUACAAGACGCUGAUGGCUUUUGGCGGCUGGAAGAUCAUGAGAGAGAUGAUGGGAAGCCUUAAGCUACAAUAUGUGCAUGUAGAAUUUCUAUCCUAGCAGCCUCACAAAUCAUAGAACCAACUUCUUUGAAAUAAAAUUUGCAUUCAGAAAUAAUGUAAGAGAAAACUUCGAUUCUA